GGCAGAUCCAGACGCGACUAUUCUCAGCUCGAAUCACGAAAAACGUGAUCAUAAAUUCAUUAUCUUCAUCGCAAGCUAAGAAAAGAGCAUACCUCUGCAUCUAUCGCCCCUCCAACUACUAUUCGACUGAUACGUAGUGGUGGUGGUAGUAGUAGUGGUAUUCCCCCCACCACAAAAAAAAGCAAGGGCAACGAAAAAGCCUACACACCUCUCGUGCUCACCUACAACCUCACACAUAGAGGAGCGGGUUGGUUAUACCUACCUACCUACCUACCUACCUACCUACCUACCUACCUAGGUAAUUAGGUACCCAUGUCUCCCUCAACUGCAAACCAGCCCCCUCCCCACUCGCAGGGCCUCAAUGUAAUCGCCCUGAUCUCCGGCGGGAAGGACUCGCUUUAUUCGAUUCUGCACUGUAUCCGGAACGGACAUAGAGUGGUUGCAUUAGCCAAUUUGCAUCCGCCUACGAGGGUUUCUUCUUCUUCUUCUUCUUCUUCUACAACUACUGAAGAAGAUAUUGAUAGUUUCAUGUAUCAGACUAUUGGAUGGGGGGUGAUUCCGCUCUACGAGGAGGCAUUGCGGAUUCCAUUGUAUCGCGCGCCGAUUCAAGGUGGCGCGGUUGAUACGGCGCGGGUUUAUCGGGAUAAUCGAUCUGUUGAUCCGGAUGCUGGUGCAGAUGCCCAAGAUGAAACGGAAUCCCUGGUCCCCUUAUUGAAAAACAUAAUGCGUGCGCAUCCGGAGGCAAAUGCUGUCUCGGCCGGUGCGAUUCUCUCGACGUACCAACGCACUAGGAUUGAGAAUGUUGCGGGCCGGCUGGGGUUGGUGCCCUUGGCUUGGUUGUGGAUGUACCCGAUUUUGCCGCGUUCGGUUGUUUCUACGGAGGCUGGUGGUUUGGGGGUAGGGGGGAAGGGAGAUGAGCAGACGCAGACAGGGUUGCUGGAGGAUAUGGCUGCUGUUGGGUGCGAAGCGAGGAUUAUCAAGGUAGCCUCUGGGGCGUUGGAUGAGGGCUUUCUUUGGGGCGAUGUUGCGGAGAAGGAGAGUGGGCUGCGAAGGAGGAUUUUAAAGGGGAUGGGCAGGUUUGCGGAGGAAGGGGAGGAUAUUCGAGGAGCGGUGUUGGGUGAGGGGGGCGAGUAUGAGACGCUUGCGCUGGAUGGGCCCCGGUUUUUAUGGAGGGGUGGGAGGAUUGAGGUUUGUGAGAGGGAGGUGAGGAGUGCACAGGGGGGUGUUGGGUAUAUGAGGUUGAGGCGGGCGAGGGUUGUGCCCAAGGGGGAUGGUGAGGAGGUCACGCCAGAGAGUGUGAGGAGGCCAGCGGAGCUGGAUAAGGUCUUUGCGGAGGCCUUGGAUGUGUUGUUGGAUGAGAGUAAGAACGCCAAGGACGGACAAGAGGAAGUGGUUGAGGCGGGACGACGUUCGUGGUCAUUGACUGAGUCUGUGCAGUCUGAGAACGGCGGAUUGUGGACGGUGUCGAACAUAACAGCGCCCGAGGCUGGUCCCGGGGCAGCUGAACAGAUGGCGGCAAUUGCGCAGAAGAUACAGACACUUUUGGAUGCCUUUACUCGCGAUGGUCAAGCUGGUCCUCGGACUACUACUGACAUCGUUUUUACUACGGUCCUGCUCCGCUCCAUGGCUGACUUCCCGCUCAUGAACAGCAUUUACGUUUCGCUAUUUAAGAAACCAAACCCGCCGGCCAGAGCUACAGUGGCCUGUGGGGAUGGCCUUCCUGAUGGGGUGAGCAUUAUGGUCUCGAUGGUGGUCGAUCUGGGGCCGAGGGAUCUGCGACAGGGACUCCAUGUUCAAUCCCGAUCCUACUGGGCACCAGCGAAUAUUGGACCCUAUUCGCAGGCGAUGUCUAUCCCGCUCCAAGGCGCAGAGCGUGUGGUAUACAUCGCUGGUCAAAUCCCUCUCGACCCGGCAUCAAUGGACUUGGCCACUCCUUCAAGGGAAAUCUGCUCAUGGGCCGAGACCUAUUGUUUACGCGCCGUUCUGUCACUCCAACAUAUGUGGCGAAUUGGGACGGUGAUGGAGGUUGGUUGGUGGCUGGGAGUCGUUGCUUUCAUUACCGGAACGAGCCACAUCCAGACCAAGGCUCAGCUCGCGUGGAAGCUUUGGAAGAAAAUGCACGAACAGAGUCCCCAAGAACCCGAGGAAGAGGAUGACUGCGCGCUAGACGCUUGGGAUAUUAAAUACGGACGCAAGGAACUCGAGCGGCGCAGGGUGGUUGCAGCUCCCAAGCUCCCUAAUUUUGACCUGGUGCAGACCAACACUGCGACUCCCCAGGCGCCAGCAUUUUUGGCAGUGCACGUGGAGGAACUGCCCAAAAACAGCGAUAUUGAAUGGCAGGGGCUAGGCUAUCGAUGCACGGGAAUCAAAAUGUCCAGGAAGAGCCUGGAGCAGGGACAAAAGAUUGAUGCCACCACGAAUGAAAACCUGAGCCACACGUGCAUUGAAAUUGACCACGGCCCCCCGGGAUUUGAUCUGAAAUUGCAUGUCCAGUGCGCGCUCGAGUCGUGUUUUGAGCCAUCAGGCGCCUUCCACACUGUGAUUUACACCACCCAACCCUUGUCUCAGGACUGUUGCCCCGGGCAAAUCAUUCCCUGCAAGUCAAUCUGGGGCGCAGAGGGACGGCCUCUGGCAGCAGCCUCGCGCAACAUUGAACUAAAGCCAAGGCCGAUGUUGGGAGAGUGUUGGGUUGGGUGCGUGUACUCGUGGCUGUCUCCUCCGCCUUCCCACCACCGACUUCGAAAUCACGAUCAUGAUACCCUUUCUGCUGUAGAUUUGAGCUCGACCUUUUACAUCCAUGGAGCCAUGGCCUCAUCAACAACCCAGGAGGAUGACGGGCCGUUUUCGAACGCGCUCCUACCCGACUCCGACGUUGCUGUUUCUGACGAUAUCCGACCUUUCUCCCGUUCGCCUCACCCGUAUCGCCGCAGGGGCUCCAGUGGCCCCGAGCUUUAUUCGCUGCAGCAAUGGACCCGAGCGUCGAGUGAUAGUGGUACAGAGGCAGAUGAUGAGAGUACAGGAUUGCUGAAGGGGCUGCCAGCACCGCCGCGGCCGCGGAAAGGAGUCCGUUCGAGUUGGAAUGGUACGGGAGAUCAUGAUAUGUGGCUUCCGGGAUUACAACGGUGGCCGUCGCUGGCCCGCUCAACAUCACGGAGCUCCCGGCGGAGCUCUGGCGAGGAGACAGAAGCUGAGAUCACAGAGUUACGCGAUAGGCUUAGGAGGAAACGACACAUUGAGAUCGGGCGGAGGGCGUUCGAGGCCGUCUUGCUCUUGUCGGUGGGCGGCGUGGUCUUGGGGCAGGAGAGCGCGAGAUCUCUUGCCUGGGCCUGGAGGAAAGAGCUCCUCGCCCAUUCUCUUCUUGUUCUCGGAGCUUACACCCUAUACCCUAUGAAUCGAAACGGACGCCUGCGGUUUUCCAGACUCUUUACCUUUGCCAUUCCACCCACCUUCGAUCCUGCACCGCUUCUUUACCCCAUCAUUAUCCCGAUAUACGUUUCUCUAUCUCUCUCGAACCAACAACCAUCAUUAAUUCUACCGAAUAUUCUCCUCAGUCUGGCCUCGAUCCCGCCGCUGGUUGUUCCGUUGCACGGGCUUGUCCAUGGACAUGACAUCGUGCAUUGGAUCAUCACGCUAACCCCCCUCAUCGUCUCGGAGCAGUUGUCAUGGGGUAAAAUCCUCAUCCCAAGGCCUGUCUCCCUGCGCGGUCUCGAUUCUGAAGUUUUGACUCUCAUUUUCCCUUUGCACCAAGCGUUGAUACCCACAUUAGAUUUUCUUUUGGCUACAAGCGUCCUCCCAGCAGAAUUACAGCUUCUGACAACGGCUCUUAUUAAUCUGUUUUUAUUCACACUCUCUCCUCAGGCGGAAAUUCUUAAAGCGCUGCUAUGGCUGGGCAGCCUGUGUAUUUUUAUCUCUUGCCGACAAGUCCUUCGCUGGGAGGUGGCUCUGGCUAGAAUUCCCACUUGGAAGUUUCGACGAUCCCCCGGCGGUUCCCAUUCGCCCAAGAACAUUUUGAAUAUAUUAGAUCAUAAAAUUUGCCAGAAACUGAGUCGAGCCGGCUCUUCUGAAGAUGCUACUUCGGAUAGUGAUUCCCCGGACAGCCAUUUGACUGGUGUCUCGCGCCGCACGAUGUAUGAGUUCCGAGAAAAGACCCCCCCCCCGGCUCCCCCGGACAGCGCUACUCAGGAGGAUGUUAUUCACCGGCACACCAUGACGAGUUUUGAAGAGGCCAUCCGUUCGGAGAGGGUCAGGACCACUCCGGGUGGCCGGCGGAAGCGAUCAAUAGCUCCAGGAUUGACCUCCUUCUUGUCAAUGACCGUUCCUCAGGUACAAGUGCGCAAGUGGCUGUAUGCAUUCUAUGUUUAUGUUGCCAUAUUGACCAUUAUUUUGGGACCGGUGCGAAAGUACGUGAGCGAACGUGCGUUGCAGGGAGUAGAGCCAUUCGGAUGGGCCCUCGGGUACUUGUUCGGAAACGUUUGCUGGUUCCGGUUUUGGGUAAUUACUUCGAACCUAGACUACUGGAUUCCUCUCCCCCCUCGCCUGGACAAUGAACUCUCGAACGCGUUCUGUCAUCUCGGUCGAAUCGAGCAUCUUCGCCAGACUUUCUUCGGAGAGGCUAAUACGCGCCUCUUGAUCGCUGGUUAUUGCAUUCUCGUUCUUGUCGCUGGCGUCACAAUCGUCUUCCAGCUAAGUGCGCUUGUGGAGGUGGACACCAGGCGCAAGGUCUUCCAUGGCACAAUGGUGUUGAUGUUUCUCCCGACGAUCUACAUCGAUCCCGCUUUCUGUGCCCUUGCGAUGGGAUUGGUUCUGGCCAUUUUCCUGCUCUUGGACCUCUUUCGAGCCUCUCAACUUCCACCAAUAUCUCGGCCCUUGACGUAUUUCCUCGCACCUUAUGUGGACGGUCGCGAUCACCGAGGACCGGUCAUCGUUUCCCACAUAUUCCUCCUUAUAGGGUGUGCUAUACCUCUGUGGCUCUCAUUGGCUGAUAUUUCCCGAGCGGGGGACUAUCCGUGGAGUGGGUGGAAUGUCCAGAGCCGGGAUGUGAGUAUGGUGAGUGGAAUCAUCUGCGUGGGCAUGGGAGACGCAGCCGCGUCGCUCAUUGGCCGCCGAUAUGGGCGACUGAAAUGGUUCUGGGGUGGGGGGAAAUCUCUCGAGGGGAGCGUCGCUUUUUCGAUCGCUGUGGUUACAGGGUUGAUGUUUGCGCAAGGCUGGCUUUCCUUGGGCGGCUGGCCUGUGAGCGGAUUAGACGGACCCCUUUCUUUCUCCUGGCCUAAGGCGAUCGCCAAAGCUAUUUUGGCGGCUGGGGGGGCUAGUGCCACCGAAGCGAUUUUGACAGGUUGCAAUGACAAUGUUCUCGUCCCUGUAGUGUUAUGGCUCCUGGUGAGAGGACUCGGACUUUGACAUUGACUGAUGAUUAGAUUUGAUUGAUGCUGUACAACAUGAGUUAAACCGGCCUUAUAUAUACUAAUGUCUUUUUUUUUUUUUUUUUUUUUUU